CCUCACUAAAGGUUUGCAGCUUACACAUUAAAAGCAAAAUGGAUACCACUACCACUACACUAGUUCCAGUCCGCAGGAAGACAAAUUUGUCAGAUUCUGAGAGGCAGGCCAUUGUAGAUCUUCUCCGAGAAAGAAGGCAUCAAGUGGGGGGUACAUUGCAAAAAGGGUCUAUAAGUGAGACACCUGCUGCAUUUAAUGUAAAGACAAAAACCAUCAGCAGAAUAUGGGCACAUGCAAGUAGAAUAUGGGCCCUAGGGGGGUGCAACAGGGGCGACCGCCCUAGGCCCGAGAAAAUAGAGGGGAAAAAUAGGCCCAAAAAUAUUUCUUUGUAUGUAGUGUGAGUAGGCUUCUUUUUCUUUCUUAAUUGGCUCAAGGUUUAAUUUUUAAAAUAAAUGUAAAGUGACAUGUCUUUCUUAAUUCACUUGGCAUCUCUAAGUUUUAUAAUCAUUUUAAUUACAAACUUAUCAAGUUAUGUUAG